AGAGCGUCGCCUGUACGUCCAUUCCCUCCGCAGAUGCAGCAUGAUCCGUUGAGUUCCUCCAGCACUUUUGUGUUUUGCUUUCCCAACAUCUGCAUUCUCUUGUGUCUUCCUGAAAAUUUAACUUGCAGCUUUAUAAAUAAUGGCAACAAAAUAUUACCAUAAGUGCCUGAGCGCAAGUUGCAUCUCGGCGCCGUCAUAAUUGCUGUGUCUGUGAUGUGCAAAUAUGCAGGUAGGAUUUAAACACAUUUCAUCCCGUGCUUUAUCAAAUUGAUAAGCAGGUUUACGUACAAGGAAGCCCCAGCCUUGUGUUUCUGUGUAGACUUUGAGAAAUGUUGCAGAAGAUUCAGCGGCCGCCGUCGGGAACCGCAGAUAAAACGAAAACAUCGCGUCCGCCCUCGUCGCCCGGCUCGGUGAGAGACGUCAAGUCACGGGAGAAACCGGACGCCGGCUCGGUGCCCAAAAUUGCAAUAAUGAAGACUGGAGCGUUGGUGGUGGACAUGGGAUCGGGCAUCUGUAAGGUGGGCUACGCCGGCGACCCCAUGCCGCGGUCAGUGGUUGGGUCGGUGGUUGGGUACCCGAGAGGGAAGAGCAAACGAAACAACAUCACCGUGGGCAAGACGGUCUCAACCGAGCCAGAUCUCCAAUUGGUCCAACCAACCCGGCAAGGAAUCAUCGUGGACUGGACGGCGGCGGAAGAUCUCCUCCGGCACGUGUUUUAUGAGGAUCUGAAGGUUUGUCCAGAGGAGCACGCCAUCCUGAUAUCCGACCCACCUCUAAGUCCUACCACGAACAGGGAGAAGAUAGCAGAACUUCUCUUUGAGCGUUUCAAUGUCCCAGCCAUGCACGUCUCUUACCAGUCGGUGUUGGCGGUGUAUUCCUACGGGAAGACCUCGGGGCUCGUUGUGGACUCUGGAGACGGCGUGACACACGCUGUACCCGUUCACGACGGGUACAACAUGCCAGAUGCGAUCAGUCGGAUCGAUCUGGGCGGCUACGAUCUCACCACUUACCUGAUAAAGUUGCUGGGGGAGGCGGGCAACGCGUUUCAUGAGAAGGGCAGAUACAUUGUGGAGGACAUCAAGCAAAAAUGUUGCUAUGUGGCUGUUGACCAGGAAAAGGAGACACACUUGGCUGACCAAGAGUACCUUGUGGACUAUGAGCUCCCUGACGGCCACGUCAUUACUAUAGGCAAGGAGAGGAUGAAAUGUCCAGAGGCUCUCUUCAAUCCAUCAGUCAUGGGAUCAAACCAAGAAGGAAUUCACCUCAUGACCAUCAAUAGCUUGAAAAAAGUCCAGCCCCAGGUUCAGCAGUUGAUGUACGACAAUGUUCUGUUGAGUGGAGGCUCAACCAUGUUUGAAGGGUUUUAUUCUCGGUUUUGUAGGGAGAUUUUUGCUUUGGUUGCCAAAGACACCAAAACCAACAUCCAUGCUGUCCCAGAGAGGAAGUAUGCCGUGUGGAUUGGUGGCUCCAUUUUAGCCUCUCUCCAUGCUUUCCAAUCUCUGUGGGUUCGCCAGGAAGAUUAUCAAGAGCGGGGUCCAUACAUUGUGCAUCGCAGGUGCUACUGACAUUGGUAUGCUCUGCUGUUGUGAGGUGAGAUUUGAGAGAAGGUGACUGGCUCAUUCACGGAAAAAGUACAAAACUGCAGUUAGAUACAAAAUGUCAGGAAAGGCAAUAAAUAGUAUUACAAUUGUUUUCAUGGCGUUUUUAUUUUCAUCCACUCAAUGAGGUACUUUUUUUCAAUGGAAAGAUACAGUGCAUUUUAAAGUUCUCAGCAUCAGUUCCAGAGACAAAUGUCCAAUGUCCUCAAAGGGGAAGAGGUAAAUCAAACUUAUCUUCCAUAAGAUCAGGCCAUAUUAGGCCACUUGGAAGCCUAAUAGAAGGGGCAGAAACUGAUCCUGAGCCUGGCAGAGUUGUCGUUCAUGCUUAUGUAUCUUCAAUUGGGAUUGAAAGAUACAUAACACAAUACCAUACAUACAUACAUACAUACAUACAUACAUACAUACAUACAUACAUACAUACACAAAGACUCCCACGUGUCAGAUGUGGAUUAACCCCCAAAGGGCCACUCCCAAUCUACUUUCCCCAAUUCCUGCCUAAUACUGUUGCAGGCAUCCUUCACCCAAUUUAGCACUUUCAUCUGAGGACCAGUCUUACCCUUCUGCAUAACUAUCUUAAAACUUACAGAAUUGUUUUGA